UCCGCCCCGGCCGGAGCCCGGCCGCGCAGCCUCCUCCUCCAGCCCGGCGAAGCCCGAGGUCCCCCGGCCUCGCCAUGUCGGCCGCUCCCGCAUACAGCGAGGACAAGGGCGGCUCCGCCGGCCCCGGGGAGCCUGAAUACGGCCACGACCCGGCGAGCGGUGGCAUCUUCUCCUCGGACUACAAGCGACAUGACGACCUAAAGGAGAUGCUGGACACCAACAAGGACUCCCUCAAGCUGGAGGCCAUGAAGCGGAUCGUGGCGAUGAUCGCCCGCGGGAAGAAUGCCUCAGACCUGUUCCCUGCUGUGGUGAAGAACGUGGCCUGCAAGAACAUAGAGGUGAAGAAGCUUGUCUAUGUGUACCUGGUGCGCUACGCCGAGGAGCAGCAAGACCUGGCUCUGCUGUCCAUCUCCACGUUCCAGCGUGGCCUCAAGGACCCCAACCAACUGAUUCGCGCCAGUGCCCUCCGCGUCCUGUCCAGCAUCCGCGUGCCCAUCAUCGUGCCCAUCAUGAUGCUAGCCAUCAAGGAGGCCGCCUCGGACAUGUCCCCCUACGUGCGCAAAACCGCCGCCCACGCCAUCCCCAAACUCUACAGUCUGGACUCGGAUCAGAAGGAUCAGCUGAUAGAAGUCAUUGAGAAGCUCCUGGCCGACAAGACCACGCUGGUGGCAGGCAGCGUGGUGAUGGCCUUCGAGGAGGUGUGCCCGGAGCGCAUCGACCUGAUCCACAAGAACUACCGCAAGCUCUGCAACCUGCUCAUCGACGUGGAGGAGUGGGGCCAGGUGGUCAUCAUCAGCAUGCUCACCCGCUAUGCGCGCACGCAGUUCCUGAGCCCCACGCAGAACGAAUCCCUGCUGGAGGAGAACCCUGAGAAAGCCUUCUACGGCUCCGAGGAGGACGAGGCCAAGGGCCCCGGAUCGGAGGAGGCGACCACCACCGCCGCCGCGGCGCUCCCGGCACGGAAGCCCUACGUCAUGGACCCCGACCACCGGCUGCUGCUACGCAACACCAAGCCGCUGCUGCAGAGCCGCAGCGCCGCGGUGGUCAUGGCCGUGGCGCAGCUCUACUUCCACCUGGCGCCCAAGGCCGAGGUGGGCGUCAUCGCCAAGGCGCUCGUGCGUCUCCUUCGCAGCCACAGUGAGGUGCAGUACGUGGUGCUCCAGAACGUGGCCACGAUGUCCAUCAAACGCCGGGGCAUGUUCGAGCCCUACCUGAAGAGCUUCUACAUCAGGUCCACCGACCCUACCCAGAUCAAGAUCCUGAAGCUGGAAGUGCUUACCAACCUGGCCAAUGAGACCAACAUCCCUACCGUCCUGCGGGAGUUCCAGACCUACAUUCGCAGCAUGGACAAGGACUUUGUAGCUGCCACAAUCCAGGCCAUCGGACGCUGUGCGACAAACAUAGGCCGAGUGCGUGACACCUGUCUCAACGGCCUGGUUCAGCUCCUGUCCAACCGUGACGAGCUCGUGGUCGCAGAGUCGGUGGUUGUUAUUAAGAAGCUACUGCAGAUGCAGCCAGCACAGCACGGGGAGAUCAUCAAGCACCUGGCGAAGCUCACAGACAACAUCCAGGUGCCCAUGGCCCGUGCCAGCAUCCUGUGGCUCAUUGGAGAGUACUGCGAGCAUGUCCCCAAGAUUGCACCGGACGUCCUGAGGAAAAUGGCCAAGUCAUUCACGGCAGAGGAGGACAUCGUGAAGCUGCAGGUCAUCAACCUGGCUGCCAAGCUCUACCUGACCAACUCCAAGCAGACCAAGCUGCUGACCCAGUACGUGCUGAGCCUGGCCAAGUACGACCAGAACUAUGACAUCCGUGACCGGGCGCGCUUCACCCGGCAGCUCAUUGUCCCCUCGGAGCAGGGUGGGGUCCUCAGCCGCCACGCCAAGAAGCUCUUCCUGGCUCCUAAGCCAGCCCCGGUCUUGGAGUCAUCUUUCAAAGACCGAGACCACUUCCAGCUGGGCUCCCUAUCCCAUCUGCUCAAUGCCAAGGCCACGGGCUACCAGGAACUGCCAGACUGGCCACAGGAAGCUCCAGACCCAUCUGUGCGGAACGUGGAGGAAGAAGACCUGUCCCCUCCCGAGACCCGCGUGGGCUUGUUGGGCGGAUACACUGAGGUGCCUGAGUGGACCAAGUGCUCAAAUCGGGACAAGAGGAAGGAGAAGGAAAAACCUUUCUACUCAGACUCGGAGGGCGAGUCUGGGCCCACGGAGUCUGCAGACAGCGAGCCUGCAUCUGAGAGUGAGUCAGACAGUAAGAGCAGCAGCGAGAGCGGCUCAGGGGAAUCCAGCAGCGAGUCUGAUAACGAAGACCAGGAGGAAGAGGAGGAGAAAGGCAGAGGCAGUGAGAGUGAGCAGAGUGAGGAGGAAGGGGAGAAGAGGAAAAUGAAGAAGAAACAGAAGGUGCCAGAGGACCAAGGAGAUGGCUCCUCCUCGGACGAGGGCAGCGAGUCCAGCAGCAGCUCCUCGGGCUCCGAGGAGACAUCCGAGUCUGAGGAGGAGCAGCAAGCAGAACCUGCCUCCUGGAAGCGGAAGCCGCCUCCUACCAGCAAAAGCGUCCUGGCAGCCAAGGAGAUCUCCUUGCUGGACCUGGAGGACUUUCCCUCUCCCAGCAUCCAGCCCGUGUCACCUCCCACGGUUCUGUCCACGAGUCUCGCUGCUGACCUAGAGGGCCUGACACUCACAGAUACCUCCCUGGUGCCCUCGCUGUUGAGCCCAGUGUCUGGCGUCCGGAGGCAGGAGCUGCUGCACCGGGUUGCUGGCGAGGGGCUGGCCGUGGAUUACGCCUUCAGUCGCCAGCCUUUCCCCAGCGACCCCCACAUGGUGUCCAUCCACAUCUACUUCUCCAACAGCUCAGAUACACCCAUCAAGGGCCUGCACGUCGGCACCCCUAAGCUGCCUGCUGGCCUCAGCAUCCAAGAAUUUUCUGAAAUCGAGUCUCUGGCUCCUGGAGAGACUGCCACUGCUGUAAUGGGCAUCAAUUUCUGUGACUCAACCCAGGCAGCCAACUUCCAGCUGUGCACCCACACCCGCCAGUUCUACGUCUCCAUUCAGCCGCCUGUCGGUGAGCUGAUGGCUCCCGUGUUUAUGAGCGAGAAUGAGUUCAAGAAGGAGCAGGGAAAGCUGACGGGCAUGAAUGAGAUCUCCGAGAAACUCACGCUACCUGAGGCCUGCCGGAGCGACCACGUUGUAGUGCAGAAAGUGACGGCCACUGCCAACCUGGGUCGAGUCCCUUGUGGGGCAGCGGAUGAGUACAGGUUUGCAGGAAAGACGCUGACCAGCGGCAGUCUGGUCCUGCUGACCCUGGAUGCCCGGCCAGCCGGAGCCGCCCAGCUGACUGUGCACAGCGAGAAGAUGGUAAUUGGUACCAUGCUGGUAAAGGACGUGGUGCAGGCCUUGAGCCGGUAACUGCCCAGGCUGGACCUCUCAGGCCCUGCCUCCCCUCCUGGGCAUGCUGGGCUGUUGGUCUCUGGUUCCACCCUCCCUCAGCUCCCAUGCCAUGUGGCAUCCAGGGAUCCCCUCUCCCUCUGACUGCUCCCAGCCUCUCCCCCUCCUCAUGGGUUCCAUAGUGACCUUGCAGCCCUCAGGCUCCCAAUAGCUGUGUAUGUAGCAGAGUCUGAAUAAAGCAUUGUCUCACACACA